CGCAACAAUAAUUCUGAGAGACCCUUGUUCUAUAUUAUUUAUUGAUCAUCUUAGUGUGAGUAGGAGAGACACAAAAAUGACCACCAUUCUCUCUAACAGCAUGAGUAGUGGGCGAUUUGGCGGUUUAGGAUUUUUAGCACAAGUUCUAAAAGGUCGAUGGUUCAUGCUUUGUGCCUCUUUCUUCGUCAUGGCUGGUGGUGGUUCCGUCUAUAUCUUUGGAUCAUACUCCGAAGUAAUCAAAUCUACACAAGGUUAUGAUCAAAGCACACUCAACUUUUUGGGGUUUUGUAAGGACCUUGGUGGAAAUUUGGGUGCACCAAUUGGUCUCAUGGGAGAGAUUACCCCUCCAUGGUUGGUUCUCCUCAUUGGAUCCCUCCUCAACUUUGUUGGCUACUUCAUGAUCUGGCUUGUGGUCACUGGCAGAAUAUACAAACCCCACGUUUGGCAGGUUUGCCUUUACAUCGCCAUUGGUGCUAGUUCUCAAAACUUUUACAACACUGGAGUAAUAACCACCUGCGUCAAAAACUUCCCAGAGAGUAGGGGCACCAUAUUAGGGUUGUUGAAGGGUUACCUUGGACUCAGUGGAGCCUUCUUGACCCAACUUUACUUGGCCAUUUAUGGGAAUGAUUCUGAAUCUCUCAUCCUUCUCAUUGCAUGGCUCCCUGCUGCUAUACCAAUCGUGUUUGCAUGUGUGAUUCGGAUCAUGAAGGUUGGAACUAGACAAGCCAACGAGGGGAAGUUAAUCACCCAAUUUUUUUUCGCUUCAAUUGCACUUGCAAUAUUCAUCAUGGCUAUGAUCAUUGCUCAGAAACAAGUUGCUUUCUCCAAAGCAGGUUACGCUGGAAGUGUUACUGUGGUAUGCCUUCUUCUUAUCAUUCCUUUGUUCAUUGUUAUUAGAAAGGAGUUCUUAGAGUGGAACAUCAGGGAAAAAGUUGCACACGCACGUACUCCAAAUGAGAUUGUCACAGAGAAACCACAAAUUGUUGAACCUGAGCCUAAAGAAUCUCCACUCCCUCUAAAUUCUUCUACUUGUUUUGCCAAUAUAUUCAAUAAACCUGAAAGAGGAGAGGAUCACAGCAUACUGCAAGCACUGUUGAGUGUUGACAUGAUGUUAGUUUUGGUUUCAUCAUUUGCUGGCUAUGGAACAAACGUGUCUAUAGUGGACAACUUGGGACAAAUUGGCAUGUCUCUAGGAUACACUGGCAACACAGUGAGAUCAUUUGUGUCACUUGUGAGCAUUUGGAAUUACUUUGGGAGGGUCUUGGCUGGUUUUGUGUCAGAAAUUUUGCUUGAAAAGUACAAAGUUCCACGCCCUUUGUUGUUGACCUUUUCGCAUUUGCUUACAUGCAUUGGUCACCUUCUCAUUGUGUUCUCAGUACCCGGUUCCGUCUACUUUGCAUCAGUGAUAAUUGGAUUCUCGUUUGGUAUAAUGUGGCCAAUGUUCUAUGCACUUGUCUCUGAACUCUUCGGUCUUAAAUAUUUUGCCACACUGCAGAAUUGUGUGCUCAUGAUUAUUCCCCUUGCAUCAUAUGUGCUAAAUGUUAGGGUCACUGGCUUCUUUUACGACAAAGAGGCAACAAAGCAACUCAAAAAAAGUGGCCAAGAGUGGGUGAAGGGCACAGAGUUGACUUGCAUUGGAACCGAAUGCUACAAGCUUUCUAUAAUAAUAUUGGCAUGCGUUUCUUUUUUUGCAGCAGUGACUUCUUUGAUUCUUGCAAUGAGGACCAAGAAGUUCUAUAGAAGUGACAUAUACAAGAAGUUCACCAAGGAUGCAACAACUGCAGAAACGGAGUUGACUAAAUCCUCGAUUCGUAAGGAAGAGCGAGUGGUCAAUUAAUAAUGGAAGAAACUAUGCACUAUAAACACAUCGAAUUUUAGUUGACAAAUAUAUUGAGCUGAAGUAUGGUUGUGUUUCUCAUGUAUUUUGUUAUG